AUAUGUUCUUGAUGAAAACUAAUGAAUCCAUGAGUUUUCUUGGAAUGAUGUUGCUGCUCCAAUUCAUUCUUGUUUUUCUUAUCAGAAUUCCUCGAGUUUGAAGUAGUUUAUAUAUCUAACCAAUACAAGCUUCAAUUCUUAUAUUAUAUUUGGCUUCUUCCAGUUUUAGCAUCAGAAAUUAUGGGAAGGACUCCAUGCUGCAAUGCAGACGGUUUAAAGAAAGGUGCUUGGACAGCUGAUGAGGACCAGAAACUCAUCGCUUACAUUAAAGAACACGGGGAAGGAGGCUGGCGAACCUUGCCUCAGAAAGCUGGUCUUCAGAGAUGUGGAAAGAGCUGCAGACUUAGGUGGGCUAAUUAUCUUAGGCCUGAUAUUAAGAGAGGAGAGUUCAGUAAAGAAGAGGAGCAGAAGAUCAUUGAACUCCAUGCUUCUCUGGGGAACAGGUGGUCCGCCAUAGCCAGGCAUCUCCCAAAGCGAACCGACAACGAGAUCAAGAAUUAUUGGAACACACAUCUCAAGAAGCGACAAGCCGAGAAGGGUAAUGAUCAUGUGUGUUACAAUCCAGAUGAUCCUUCUUCUGCUCCCUCCAACACGUCUCCUGUCUGUGAAACUGAACUUGCACCUGCCCAGCCUACCCCUUUAAGGCCUAGUUCGGCUUCAGUCCACCUGCUCAACAAAAUAGCCGCUAAGCUUGCGCCAUCAACUUGCCUCGAGACGCUAAAAACAAGCCAGAGUAUUGCAACAGAAGCUGAUACAGAUGUUGUGGACGUUAGUAUUAUGAACACACGUCACUCGGAGUCUCCUCCUUCCUUAGCUAUGAGGUGCCCAGAUAUGCUGAGGCCUGCUUCCACUUCUGCUAGACUCCUAAACAAAAUGGCCAGUAGACUUACCAACCGUUUACACUGCAUCGACACUAUAAAAUCUAUCUUGUCAGGCUCUUCAGAUAAUCAUGAUAUUAUGCAUCGUUCUACAUCUGUAUCCAGCCUUUCAGAGACUGCCUCUGAUAUGUCAAGAUCCAUUUCCACUUCCAAUGGAGGGAUACACGAUCAAAUGACUACCCAUGAUCUUUCGUCAUUAAUGGACUCUUUUGAUCUUGACCUGCUUAAUAAUUGGAAUGGGGUGAGCGACGGCGGCGUUUCGAGUGGUAGCAUGUGUGAUACCUAUAGUGGCUGGGAAUCUCCAGCUUCUCCUCUCUAUGAUUUUAGCAAGAAUAAUAAUAAUAAUAAUAAUUAUAAUGAUAGACUGACAUUUUCUGGUUGCGAAUCAAUGGGGACGUGCAGUGUUGGUGAAGUUAAGGAUGCAUUGACGACGACAACAACCACCUUUGAGAGUGAGAUGACAACUGGUUCCCGAGAUGCCACCAAUCAGUUGGAGAAAUAUUUCGCCGAUGGGUUCUCAGAUUUUUUUAUUGGCGAUUCACAUGUCGUGUCUGCUUUCAGUGCAGAUUCAAAGGAUGGCGGUGAAAGUAAAGCCGAGGUAUUUGAAGAAGGUACAUAUUCCUGGGAGGACCCCCUUUUUGAGAAUUAUCAACCGUCGGAUUCCUAUUUCUUUUGAUUUUCUAUAAUAAUAUUUGUUAUCAUAUGUAUAUUAGGUUCUCUCUUAGUCCGAUUUUGUAAAUAUAUAAACGCAUAAAUAUCUUAUAUCUUUUUUAAAUAUAAAUAUAUGUAAAGAUUAAUAUGUAUUGCCAUCUCAGCUGAGAAAAUAAAUAUAUGUCAUCAAUGUAUAAUAAAUUAAUUUUUACCUAUUAGCCAUGGGAGCAAUGUUGUUUUCAUUUAACUGGAACA